UUUAGGACAUUUUGCUGAACCCCUACACACAUAUCUCUCUCACACACAUCUCUUCUGCAUUGCUGCUGGACAGCACGUGCAGUUUCUUUUUCAUUCUGAGGGUUUGUGUAUGAUAGCGAAAUUUUGAUUCGUCGAAGAACCGAUUUAAGGUAAGCUUAUUUGUCUCUCUUGACAAUUUACCCCAAAUCAGGGUCUACUCAUCUUCUCAAGGAUCUCUCCAAUCCACUUAUUCUUCUGAUUAUGCAAUCCGCUUUCUAUCUUUGAUCACUCUCUGCGUUGACUUUUCUGAGGAAAUCAGUAAGGUUUAGUUAUACAGAUUGGGGGAUUUCAAUUGAUUGGGGAUGAUAAAUGUGAGAUUCUGGCAAAUUGGCCAUUUGUAGGAAUUUGGGCAUUUUCUAAGUAUUGAUGGCUCUAGAUUGAUGAGAUUUUUGGGAGUGUAGAGAUGGAUAUGAGUAAUAAUGGUUUGAAGAUAGAGGUGAAGAAUGGCGUUGUGGAGAGUGAUGAGACGAAAGCAUUAUUAUCGCCUUCCAACAACGGUGGAUUGGCGAACAAGUCGGAUAAGCCUAAGAGGAAAGUUCAGUGGAUGGAUAGGAAUGGAGAUAAGCUUGCUGAAAUCUUGGAGUUUCAACCUAGUGAUGUGAGCGACUCAGAGGAGGACGAAUCAGAUUCUUGCAACUGUAGGAUGAUGUAGAUCGGAUUUCAUUAGAUCGUCCGCCAGUAACUUUCUGGUGGACUUGUGAGACUCCAGUUUUGUUCCGGUGGAGCACUGAUGUAUAAAUAAAAGGGCGCAAUUUUCUUCAAGUAUAUGGCUAACCAAAGGAACACACCGGGUUCAUGGUUUCGGGAUUCUCACGACUAUCUGUCUGUAUAUCAUUUUCUCUCACCCCUUUCUCUGCCGGAUUCUUAACGACGCAGAUUUCCCUUGCCGGAAAUUCGACCCCGCCGUCAAUGGGUCGUGAUUUCCGCAUUAACGUUAACCACCACAGUGCCCCCUCCUCGCCGACUGCCACCACCCACCGACCGGCCACACCCACCGACCUCUCGUCUCCGUUCAGCGAGAUCGGAGGAGUCAAUCGCGAUGAGCUCCGCGAAGCGGCCUACGAGGUCUUCUUCACAGCGUGCCGGUCGUCGCCGGGCUUUGGUGGCCGGAGUGCCCUCACGUACUACAACUCCUCAUCUGUUGACACCGCCGACCCAUACGGCGCCUGCCCCGGGUCCCCAGGAAAGCACAACGGCGUCGGAAUGGCAGUCACCAGCCGUGUCAAGCGGUCCUUGGGCCUCAAGAUGAUGAAGAAGACGCCGUCGUCGCGGCGGACCAACUCAUGCGGGGCGGUGCCGAUGCCCACAUCCCCGAACUCGAUGGCGCCAGGGCCGUCGAGCCCCAGGUUCGGCUUCACGGCGCCAAACACAUCAAGGUCGUGGCGGCCACUCACGUCCGCAGAGAUCAUGCGGCAACAGAUGAAGGUGACGGAGCAGAGCGACAAUCGGCUCCGGAAAACUCUCAUGAGGACUUUAGUUGGCCAAAUGGGGCGGCGGGCAGAGACGAUCAUCCUCCCGUUGGAGUUGCUCCGCCACCUAAAGCCGUCGGAAUUUAGCGAUGCAGUCGAAUACCACAUGUGGCAACAACGGCAGCUGAAAAUCCUAGAGGCCGGACUAGUUCUCCACCCAUCCAUCCCACUAGACAAAAUGGACGCAUUCGCCAUCAAGUUCAAAGAGAUUCUCGACUCCUCCGACCACAAGGCCAUCGACACCGGAAAAAACUCUGCCACCAUGCGAGCCCUCUGCAACUGCGUGGUGUCGCUGGCCUGGCGCAGCCCCGACGGUGGCAGCACAGAUGUCUGCCACUGGGCUGAUGGCUACCCUCUCAACGUCCACAUUUACACGGCCCUCCUUGCCUCUAUCUUCGACUCCAAGGAGGAGACCAUGGUGCUCGAUCAAGUCGAUGAGUUGCUCGAGCUUAUGAAGAAAACAUGGUCCACUUUGGGAAUCAACAGAUCCUUCCACAACCUCUGCUUCACUUGGGUUCUUUUCGAGCAAUUCGUGGAGACUGGGCAAGUCGAGCCGGACCUCCUUGCCGCAUCCUUCGCCAUGCUCACCGAGGUUGCUAGUGAUGCUAAGAAAUCCGAUCGAGAUCCUUACUAUCUCAAGAUGCUGGCGCGAGGUCUGAAGUCGAUGAAGAAUUGGACUGAGGCAAGGUUGCUUGAUUAUCACCGCAAUUUUAAUAGAGAAACUGUUGGAUUAAUGGAGAAUAUGCUUCAUUUGCUCUUCUCCGUUACCAAGAUCUUGGAAGAGGAUGUGCCGGCUUACGUCGCUUCGAGCCAAGAAAAGGGUGAAAACGACGAUGAAUCGUCUGGAAAUCGAGUCGAUUAUUACAUUCGAUUGUCCCUCAAGAAUGCAUUUGAUAAGGUGGUAGAAGAUAAAGACGCGUCGGGGUUGAUAAGGGACGGCGAAGUGCAGGAGGCAAGCGAGCUGCUAAUGAAGAUAGCUCGGAAAACGGAAAAGCUGGCAAUCAAGGAGAAGGACAUUUUCAGCCCUCUUCUGAAGAGAUGGCACCCUAUCGCCGCCGGAGUUGCGGCCGUGACGCUGCACAACUGCUACGGGGGUUUGCUUAAGCAAUUUUUGGGGGGAAAAUCGCCGAUGUUGAAUGAGAUCGCGAUCGUUCUGCAGAGGGCGGGGAAGCUUGAGAAGAGCCUGGUGCAGCUGGUGGUGGAGGAUUCCGUCGAGUGCGAGGACGGAGGCAAGGCCAUUGUAAGGGAGAUGGUUCCUUACGAAGUCGAGACUAUUAUGCACAAACAGCUGAAGCAAUGGAGCGAAGAUAGAUUGUCGAAAGGGAAGGAGCAAAUCUUGAGAGCGAAGCAAACUGAAACAUGGAAUCCCAGGUCAAAACACGAACCCCAUGCUUAUUCAGCUGUAGAGGUGAUAUCGUUCGCCAAGGAAGCCAUUGAGAAUUUCUUCGACAUUCCCAUCCCCAUAACCGAGACCUCGUUCCAUUAUCUUAUCGAUGGAGUGCAGAACAUCUUCCGUGAAUACAUCGCUUUCGUUGCCUCAUGUGGAACGAAGCAAAACUAUAUGCCCACACUUCCUCCAUUAACACGGUGCAGCCGCGACUCAAAGUUUGUGAAGCUCUGGAAAAGGGCUGCAUGCAGCGUUGGAGUAGAGGAUCUCAACCAGAUCCUUUCCGGCGGCGGCGGCGGCGGCGGCGGCAACCAUCUUCGGCCAACGACGAGCCGCGGAACACAACGUCUCUACAUUAGGCUAAACACACUGUACUACCUCGUCGCCCAGCUGCGAACACUGGACAAAUCAGUCUCCAUGUCGCCCAAAGUUCUCCCCAACAAAAGUCUCUCCUCCAAGAAAAAAUCCCCAUCCCACUUCCAAACCACUCUAUCCACAUUACAGCUCGCCUGCCGGCACGUCUCAGAGGUGGCCGCGUACCGCCUCAUAUUCCUAGACUCCAACUCCGUCCUCUAUGGCAGCCUCUACAUCGGGGGCGUAGGCAACACGCGCAUCAGCCCGGCCCUGAGAGUCCUCAAGCAGAACCUCACCCUCCUCUGCGCCAUAGUCACCGAGAGAGCUCAGCCUAUGGCGCUCAAGGAAGUGAUGAAGGCCUGCUUCGAGUCAUUUCUCAUGGUGCUUCUAGCCGGAAGAAACAACAGGAUGUUCUGCCGGCUAGAUCACCCCGCCAUUGAGGAGGACUUUGACCUGCUCAAGUCCUUGUUCUGCACGAUCGGAGAGGGUAUGAUCGUGGAGGACAUUGUCGAGAGGGAGUCUGAGGUGGUGCAGGGGGUGGUGGCCCUCAUGGGGCAUCCGACCGAGCAAUUAGUCGAGGAUUUCAAUAGCGUUGCUACUGAAACCUGUGGACUAGGUGGCAUGGGGCAGAAGAUCCCCAUGCCGCCUACCACAGGAAAGUGGAACCGCUCGGAUCCCAACACCAUAUUGAGGGUGCUCUGUGCUAGGAAAGAUCGAGCUGCUACUCAUUUUCUCAAGAAAACGUUUCACUUAGCUAAGAGAGGGACUGGCAUUAGGAUUAUUUGAAAUGUCUUUUCACUUUUUUUUUCCUUCAAUUCAUAAACAACACAAAUCUAGUUAGAGUGUUAGAAUGUAAAUAAAUUGGCUUUAUUCUAUACUUUUCAUGUACUUUUGCAGUUGUAUGUCGAGAAAAAGAUAAAGGUUGGUAGAAUUUUGUUUUCUUUGUUUAACUUUUUUAUUUGUCUCAAUCAUAAAGUGUAACACCAUUAAUGUGAAACAUGUUGUCUUGAUCC